AUGGCUACUACUACUGCUGCAGAAGAAGACUUCAGCUUCCAAAUCACCGCCACCGGUUCGCCACCGGAAUUCAUCGAAUCACCGCCUCUCUGGCGGUGCUCCUCCACUUCCACCGCCGCCGCUUCUCCCGGAGAAAACCCCAAAAACAGUAAAGGUAAAGAAGUACAGAAUGAAGAGGAAGAUGAGGAUAAAAUGGACAUGUUGUGGGAGGAUUUGAACGAUGAAUUCUCGAGAAUCGGAUGUGGGAGUAAGGCGCAAAUUCGUUCGGAUGUUUCUUCACCGGGGAGCGAAGUUAAAAUCAGCUGCGUGAAAGCGUUGAAGUUGUCGAAAGCAAACCGAAACAUGUUUGAUGGGAAGAAACCGAGCAUCCUAGUAUUCAUCAAAGUCUUGAAGAAGGUGUUUGUCAUGCAGAAUUCUCAUCGUACAAUCAAAAAGCACGCUUGGUAA